GGAGUUGGUAUUUCCCGACCUGCGUGAGCAAGGCAGACAGAGCUAGCUAACAUUCGCAGCUCAUUUGAACUUGGUACAUGUUGAAUAGCAUAUGCUUUUUACAAGGACAACCUCGCUUUAGAAAUGUUGAGGGAUUGAGCGACGCAAUGUAAACAUAAAAGUCCAUAGAAGGUGAGAAAGAAAUCAGAGCAAACGGCAUAUUUGUGGUUCAUGUGUGCGGCUUUACCAUCAUGAGAACAUUUUACAUUCGUAUACAGCAAACACUACGAUAAUGAUUACUACAUAGCCAUAGGAUAAUGGGCGGUGAUUAUAUCAUGUUGUGAUUUGUGGAUAUAUGCGAGGCUUUUGCUGAUCCGGGUUCAGAUGAUACAAGCGAAGGGAGGACUGAAGCAAGUUUUUAACUUGAGGACAAGUUAUGCCGAAACAGAAAUCAAGAGGUAGUGUCAGAGACCAAGAAAAGACCAAGAAGGAAUACGAAAGACUUCCACCACAGACGGUUUCACAAAAACAACCUCUCGUUCCUUUUCCAACCACAUCACCAUCGGACGAAAAACAGUCCUCUAAACGAAAAUGGGGACGGAAGCCCGACGAGAGCGCCAAAAAGAAACUGAAAAGCCCCCACACCGAGAGAGUGGUGGUUUACCAAUCGAAGGAGGUCAGAAUCGAAAAGCUUCAAAAGGACGUUGACGAGGUGAUCGACCUUGUGCGCACCAAUGUCGAUGGAAUCUUAGAGAGGGAUGCGAAAGUCGAAGACUUGGAGAUCGCGGCCGACCGGCUUCACGGUGCGGCUUUGGAGUUCAAGAAAACUGGAAAAGUUGUAAUGGUGAGAUACUGGUGGAGGAACAACCGCUGCUUCGUAAUUUUCGGCAUUCUUAUAUUAAUUGCCAUACUUGUCGGCCUCGCCGUCUGGAUCCCCAAGAUGAUUCGAUCCCAUGACUCAACGGCUGCAGCUGAUCCUCCAGUGGCAAAUGUGACCUCUGAACCAUUUGUUAAUGUGUCAGUCAGCUCUACCCCGGAUGCCGGUCUGCCUUCGACAGAGACGUGGGAAAGGAGUAGGACGAGGUUCCCGCCUGGUCGAAGGGAUGGAGGAUGAUCUGAUGAUUACCUUCACUCUCCAAAAGAUUUAUCAGCAAACAUUCUAUUAUGUAGACUC